UACUCAAGGUACGCUGCAUGGAGGAAUCGAAACAGCGGAGCCCUGUGGUUGGUCGGCCGCGCUGAUCCUCAAACGUGCACUGUCCGCUUCGCUUCUACCCUCGACUCUCUCCCCAACAACAACCGCCGACCCAGCUACAUUAACUGCCUUCGACCUGUCUCUCGCUCGCGCUGUUUUUAGCCCUCCCAAUACUGCAUUACAUCAUGGAGAUGCUUUCAUCUCAUCUCGAUACAAAGAGCAUCCGUGUCCAAAUAUCUCCAUUCUCAAACAACGGUUUACCUGCUGCUGCCCCUUUGAUAUUCCAGAAUCGAUUCCAUAAGCAUUGGACUCACUCAAUGGCUGCCAGCCCCAGCGCCAUCGCUCCCUGACCCCCUCCCAAAUCUAGAUUCCCAGAUUCUAGGCCUUUGAUUGCGUCUUCCCAUUGCCUCUGCUCUGAUCGCACGCAAAUCAUUUGGGGUACCGUCUUUGUGGGGCCACAUGGCGGCACGGCACACCCGUCAGGCAACACCGACAACGGGGAUUGCGUGCCUGGCCCGCGUAUACUAAUUCCUUCCAUGUCCGAACACCUGCCCUUCUCCUCUUGGUUCUCUCUAUUUUGUCUCUCCCGAGCAUCUUGGCUUGAAGGAUAUUAUACUUCAUUACAGAGCAUCUCAAUCAACUGCGAUUUACAGAGUAUGCGUCGUCAGUGCAUUGCUGACGACUUACUAUGUAUACGUUAUGAGCGUGUGUGUAAGCGCCGUCGGAUCCGACGCGCGAGAAGCACACCCAGUUGGGAUACUGUGAACGGUGAUAAGCUGGAAGGAGUUAUUGAAUGA